CUCUCCCACCACCUCUCAUCCGCCGCCACUCUCCACCGCGCCUUUCCACCCUCUAGUGUCUCCAGAUCCCACUCUUUCGCUAUUAGGCCACUUAUGAUCAUAAGUUUAUUUUUUUAUCAAAUAAAUUAUAUUUUUUUUAAUAAUUACUUUAAAUAAAUUAAUAAAAAAUAUAAUAAAAUAAUUAUAGGAUACACCUUCCACGAGUAACACAGACACGCGAGCGGUUGUGGCAACUCGCAUACCUCGGAUCAAAUGGAACACAAGCAUAUGCUGUUAUCGGCUUUGAGCGUUGGUGUUGGGGUGGGGGUAGGAUUGGGAUUGGCGUCGGGACAGAACAAAUUGAAUGCGACUCUUAACGCUGUAACCGCAGAGAACUUGGAGCAAGAAAUGUUCAGGCAAGUGAUUGAUGGCAGAGAAACCGGUGUCACCUUCGACCAAUUCCCUUACUACCUCAGUAAGCAGACCAGGGCAUUACUAACAAAUGCUGCAUAUGUUCACUUGAAGCAUGCUGACGUUUCCAAGUAUACCAGGAACCUUGCGCCUGCAAGUAGGGCUAUAUUGCUCUCAGGCCCUGCUGAACUUUACCAGCAAAUGCUUGCCAAGGCUUUAUCUCAUUACUUUGAAACUAAAUUGCUGCUGUUAGAUGUUACUAGCUUUUCUCUCAAGAUUCAGGGCAAAUAUGGCAGUACAAUGAAAGAAUCAUCUUUCAAGAGGUCUACUUCAGAAUCUACACUGGAGCGACUGUCUGGCUUCUUUAGAUCACUACCAAUCCAUCCUCAGAAGGAAGAACCAAAAGGUGGUCUACGAAGGCAAUAUAGUGGUGUGGAUAUUUCUUCAAGGGGCUUUGAAGGUUCCUCUAAUUCUCUUAAGCUAAGAAGAAAUGCCUCUGCAGCUAAUCUAAGUAGCCUAGCUACACAAUGCACUCCUGCAAAUACAGUUCCUUUGAAGCACAUAAGCAGUUGGUCUUUUGAUGAGAAGCUUUUUAUACAGUCCCUUUACAAGGUUUUGGCGUAUGUGUCUAAAGCCAGUCCGAUUGUGCUGUAUCUGAGGGAUGUUGAUAAGUUCUUAUCUAGGUCACAAAGGAUAUAUAAUUUGUUCCAGAAGAUGCUGAAGAAAUUGUCUGGAUCAGUGCUGAUCCUUGGUUCACAAAUUGUGGAUCUGGGCAAUGACAACAGAGAGCUGGAUGAGAGGCUUCUUGAUCUUUUUCCUUACAACAUUGAGAUAAGGCCUCCCAAAGACGAAAACCAUCUUGUAAGCUGGAAAGCCCAACUGGAGGCAGAUAUGAAGAUGAUCCAAGUUCAGGAUAAUAAAAGCCACAUUAUGGAAGUGUUGUCAUCAAAUGAUCUUGAUUGUGAUGAUCUUGACUUAUUAUGCGUGGCAGAUACAAUGGUUCUCAGCAACUACAUAGAAGAGAUUGUGGUGUCUGCAAUUUCUUAUCAUUUAAUGAAUAGCAAAGAUCCUGAAUACAGAAAUGGAAAACUUAUUAUAUCAUCCAAGAGUUUGUCCCAUGGACUGAGUAUAUUCCAGGAAUGCAAGUCUGUUGACAAAGAUACACUGAAGUUGGAAGCACAAGCCGAAAUGUCCAAGGAAUCCGGAGGAGUUGAGAUCAUUGGUGUGAAGCCAGAAACAAAAGUUGAUACCGUGAAACCUGAAAACAUAACUGAAGCAGAGAAGCCGGAUCCAGGGGUAAAGACAGAUGGUGACAAUUCUUUGCCAGCUUCAAAAGUUCUCGAAGUUCCUCCUGACAAUGAAUUUGAGAAGCGCAUAAGGCCUGAGGUCAUACCAGCAAAUGAGAUCAAUGUAGCAUUUUCUGAUAUUGGUGCAUUGGAGGAGACCAAAGAAUCCCUUCAAGAACUGGUGAUGCUUCCUCUUCGAAGACCGGAUCUAUUCAAAGGAGGACUUCUAAAGCCUUGUAGGGGAAUCUUGCUGUUUGGGCCUCCUGGCACAGGAAAGACAAUGCUGGCCAAGGCCAUUGCCAAAGAGGCUGGAGCAAGCUUCAUUAAUGUAUCCAUGUCUACAAUCACUUCAAAAUGGUUUGGGGAAGAUGAAAAAAAUGUUCGAGCUUUAUUUACACUGGCAGCCAAGGUUUCCCCAACUAUUAUUUUUGUUGAUGAGGUAGAUAGCAUGCUUGGGCAGCGGACCAGAGUUGGGGAGCAUGAAGCCAUGCGAAAGAUAAAGAAUGAGUUCAUGACCCAUUGGGAUGGGCUUAUGACAAAGCAGGGUGAGCGCAUACUUGUUCUUGCUGCAACCAACCGACCAUUUGACCUUGAUGAAGCAAUUAUUAGGCGUUUUGAGAGGAGAAUUAUGGUUGGACUUCCUUCCCCUGAGAACAGGGAAAUGAUAUUUAGAACUCUCUUGUCAAAGGAAAAGGUGGAAGGAGGACUGGAUUUUAAGGAGCUUGCUACUAUGACUGAAGGAUUUACAGGAAGUGACCUUAAGAACUUGUGCACAACUGCUGCUUAUCGGCCUGUUAGAGAGUUGAUACGGCAAGAAAGAUUAAAGGAUAUGGAAAAGAAACAGAGAGCUGCGGAAGCACAAAAGUUGGGCCAAACUGCAGCAGCAAAAGAAGACAACAAAGAGGACAGGGUAAUAACCCUUAGGCCAUUAAACAUGGAAGACUUCAGACAAGCGAAAAAUCAGGUUGCUGCUAGCUUUGCAGCUGAGGGAUCUAUAAUGAGCGAGUUGAAACAGUGGAAUGACUCGUAUGGGGAAGGGGGUUCGAGAAAAAAGCAGCAGUUGUCUUAUUUCUUAUGAUAUUGGGGUUGGGGAUAGAACCCACAUUCACGCUAGCUCCAUUUGCAUUUUCUGGGGAUAAUAGAAAGGAAAAUGCUGAUGAUGGCUUAAGGCGGCUUCUUGAUGGGAAAACUAGCACAGGGGUAAAGCCUGCGAUCACGUAAUAUUAUGUAGCUGAUUUGUGUGUGUAUAACGCUUCAGGUAGACCAGGUUUGCAGCUGCUUCAUGCUACACUCCACUGGGUAGAUAGAGGCCAUGCUGCCUAAUAGAAAUAAACCGGUGUCCUCCUCGCUGCUUUUUGUCGUAUUCUCUUAAUAUUAAUGUUGCAAGGCUGACAAGGUUUUUUUUUUUUUUCUGACAUCCUUGCAUUGCGGACAAAUAAGUAUUUUUAAAGAAGAAAACAAUGGCUAAGGCCAUUUUCAUUU